CUCCAAACUUGGUGUGUUGACAUUUGUGCUGUCGUGGAACCGUGCUGCACGUGGUUCGGUCGGGUGUGCUUGUGUCUGCUUGUUGUUGUGUUCCUGCGGCGACAUGCGAACGACGCUGGUGGUUGAAGCGGCGAUGCUUGGGCUGACAGCCAUGGUCAGCCCUUGCUUGCUGCCGCUGCACGCGGCGGUGCUCCUGAGCAGCAGCCUGUACACCUGUAGCUGGUGCACCGAUGGUAACAAGCAAGCCCAUGCGUCUUCGUCCCAGGUGACAUCGCCCUCCUCCACAGCGGGGAACGCCUCCCAGGCGCAGGUGCAGGCGCAGGAACAGCAUGCGCAAGACGCAGCCAAGGAAGGGGCACUCUACGUGCCCGAGCUCAAGUUGCCGUCAACCGACAGCAAGCGCAGGGUGGUGCUGAUCCUUGGCGACGGGAACUUCUCUUUCUCCCUGUCAUUGGCGGAUGCCCUUUGGGGACGCUGCAUCUCCAAGCCGGCAGCCGAUGCUUUCUUCAGCACCAACACGUUCGACAUCAGUGAUGACCUCUACAUCCUCGCGACAUCCUUUGAUCAGCGGGAGGAGCUGUUGGACAAGUACCCAGAGACAGCUGGCAUCCUUGAGCGCCUCCAACGGUUCUCACACGUCCAGGUACUGCACGGCAUUAACGCGUGGCAGAUUCAGGAUCAACUUCCCGGCGUGCAGUUUGAUGCGAUUGUGUGGAAUCACCCCCAUCUUGGCGUGGAGGACUUCCGGCUGCACAAGUUCCUCAUGGCCCACUUCUUUCACAGCGCAGAGCAGUGCCUAGCACCCAACGGCUUUGUCAGCGUGUCCCUGGUCCAAGGGCAGGCUGAGCGCUGGGACAUUACACCACAGGCUCUGAAGAGCGGCCUGCAUGUCAGCAAGCACGCUGCGUUUGAUCCGUGUGCGUGGUACGGGUACCAGACGAAGCGAAACCGGACGGGCCAGUCAUUCCAGAACCAGCACACGCAGCGCCACACCAAGAGCAGCAUGUCCUCGCAACUCCUGCAGUACCGUCGUCGCACUUCAACAACCGCCACGGCAGCCGAGGGUGCUCAACACCAACAGCAUCAACAGCAGCAACAACAAUCCAGCACUGCAAGCGCACCGCGCACACCUCAAUCAGAUUCGGCCACGGUUGCACCGGCACCGGCAUAUGAGGACAAGAAGAGCGUGCCAAAGCCGCCACCAGCGCCCGCAGCGCACGUGUGCCAGGAGUGCGGCAAAGGGUUUGCGCUCCGUCGCGGUCUCAAGACACACACGCGGCAGGUGCACGAGCUGAAGAAGUACGGCCAGUGGACACCGAACAUGAAGAAGCAGCUGACGUGCGACGAGUGCGGCAAGCGGUUCCACGAUGACGAGGCCUUGUGGCAGCAUCGCGUGUCCAAGCACAGCGCAGCGCCGGCACCGGAUCCGCAGCGCCCGCUCUCAACAGCGGACGAGCUCACCGCCCCCGACGUGCACUACAUCCCCUGCCCGGUGUGUGGACAAGCCAUUCCGGACUACUGGCACAUCGAGCAGCACCUUGAAAUGCUCAAACCGCUCGUCGGAAUUAAGGCCGUAUGCAAGCUGUGCAGCAAAGUGUUCACAGAGCACCGGGCGCUUGGGCAGCAUCUCAACUUUUGCCGUGUGGAAAUCCCACCCGAGCUGAUGGUACGACGAAGGCGCAGGCAACGGCAGCCGCAACACAGACAAGACAGCACCCACUGAUUGUGUGUGUGUGUGUGUGUGUG